UGAGCUCAAUUUCUGAUUGAUCGACAUUUUAUAUCAUAUGACAAGACUUCCGCCAUUAUGAGCAAUGGGUCACCUUUCUAAUUCCACCAUAUAUUUAAUGACCAAUAUCAAUAAUGUGAAGUUACUUGUGAGAUUAUGAUUUGAAAGCUGAAAUAUAGAAAUUAUAUCAAAUUUAAAAGCAUAUAACUUUAAUAUAUUUGUGGCAUAUAGGACAUAUUUGUAGUUGUCUAAAAUAUAUUGUAUGUAUGUUAAUCUAUAUUUUCAAAAGUUUAUGCUAAAUUUUUCUUAGGAAAGUAGAGAAGAAAAAAUUUUUAUACACGUAGGAUUGCUAAAAAAUGGUUCGAUGGAAAACGUGCAAAAAAUAUUGGAAGAGAAUCAAUGAUGUUGACGCUUAUAAAAACUAUUUUUGAGUGUGUGACAGUAAAAAUGGAAUUAGCAGGAGCUCUGCCUUUCUUUAUAUCGAACUCUGAAUUAUCUGUAACAACUAAUGAAAUGAAUAUAAUAAACGAUGUCUUUUCGUGCAAUAUUGAAUUUUGUUCUAAAUCUAAAUAUUUACCGCAAUCAGCAUCUAUUAACAAGAAUUCGAAGACAAAUGUAUGUUCUAAAGAAAGUUGGUGUGAUAUAUUCAGAUUUGAAUAUGCAGUCUAUAAAACAUUGAAGAUUCUUGAUAAAUGUGUCGACAAUCUUCAUACAAAUCCUCCAUGUAAACAUCAUAUUUCAAUGACAUUGGCUUUAUUUCUGUAUCAUAUUCGUUAUUUCUUAGAAUAUGUUUUACGCAGAAUGUAUCUUAAGCUGGAACAAGAAAGGAGUAAAGAACUGUAUUAUAGAAAACUUUGGCAUUGUCAAAGGAAAUCUAUUGAAGAUGUUGCUAGUAAAAUAUAUAACUUUUUAUCUGUACAGUACAGUCGAAAUUUUUCCGUUCCUCUAUUUUACUCAUCUGAAUUGAGUAAUAUCUACUUAAAUUUCCUAUUAGAAAAUUAA